GGCGCUCGAAUCCGAUAUAUAGUAACCCCUCCCGCGGCUUCCCCAAACACCAAGAGGAAAACCCGCCCCGAUUGAUUAGCCGCGAAUAUUUUCGCGAUUAAGCUUUUCUUCUUCUUGUUCCUAAUCGCGGACACGAGACUUCGCUUUGUGUUUGCCACUCCAAUUGUUUUUUUUUUAUCGUUUUCCUUUUUUGGGUUAACGGAUAAGCGCCGCCCCCUCCUCGUCGUCGUCGCAUGGAAGCCGUCGGCGUCGCUCCGGCCCCCGCCGCGGUGGUGCCGGAGAGGAAGCUGCUGGACCUGAAGGAGUCCCUGAGGGCGUCUCCCGCGCCGCCGGCGCCGUCGGUGGCGGCCAAGUGGGCGGCGAAGAAGAAGCUCGUCGGCGGCGACGGCGGGUACGUGCUCGAGGACGUGCCCCAUCUCGCGGACUACCUGCCCGAGCUUCCGACCUACCCGAAUCCUCUGCAAGACAACCCGGCGUAUUCAGUCGUCAAGCAGUACUUCGUCAACACAGACGACACCGUCACGCAAAAGAUUGUUGUUCAUAAGACCAGUGCGAGGGGCACCCAUUUCCGGCGAGCUGGGCCGCGGCAGAGGGUGUACUUCCAGUCCGAUGAGGUCAACGCCGCCAUUGUCACCUGCGGUGGCCUCUGCCCUGGACUCAACACUGUUAUCCGCGAGCUUGUGUGCGGGUUGUAUGAUAUGUAUGGCGUCACCAGCGUUGUCGGCAUAGAGGGUGGAUACAAGGGUUUCUAUUCCAGAAACACCAUCUCACUGACACCGAAAUCGGUGAAUGACAUCCACAAGAGAGGAGGGACUAUCCUUGGAACCUCAAGAGGUGGCCAUGACACCAGCAAAAUUGUUGACAGUAUUAAGGAUCGUAAUAUUAACCAGGUUUAUAUUAUUGGAGGUGAUGGUACGCAGAAAGGUGCUUCUGUUAUUUAUGAGGAGGUUCGGAGGCGAGGCCUAAAGUGUUCUGUGGUUGGUGUCCCAAAGACCAUAGAUAACGACAUUGCGGUGAUUGACAAAUCCUUUGGAUUUGACACUGCUGUGGAAGAGGCUCAGAGGGCCAUCAAUGCUGCUCAUGUUGAGGCUGAGAGUGGAGAGAAUGGCAUUGGUCUUGUGAAGCUAAUGGGACGCAACAGUGGGUUCAUCGCAAUGUAUGCUACUCUGGCUAGUCGCGAUGUGGAUUGUUGCUUAAUCCCAGAGUCUCCAUUCUAUCUGGAAGGAAAGGGUGGGCUCCUUGAGUUCAUCGAGAAGCGGCUCAAGGACAAUGGUCAUAUGGUCAUUGUGGUGGCUGAAGGUGCUGGCCAAGAUCUCAUUGCCAAAAGCAUGAAUCUUGUGGACACUCGAGAUGCUUCUGGAAAUAAGCUACUUCUGGAUGUUGGCCUUUGGCUCUCCCAGAAGAUCAAGGAUCAUUUCAAGAAGAAGCGCAACUUCCCUAUUACUCUCAAGUACAUCGACCCGACGUACAUGAUCCGUGCCGUCAGGUCUAACGCAUCCGACAACGUCUACUGCACCCUGCUAGCUCACAGCGCCCUCCAUGGCGCCAUGGCAGGGUACACCGGCUUCACCGUCGCGCCAGUCAAUGGCAGACAUGCCUACAUCCCGUUCUAUAGAAUCACUGAGAAGCAGAACAAGGUGGUGAUCACGGACAGGAUGUGGGCGAGGGUGCUGUCGUCGACGAACCAGCCAUGCUUCCUGAGCCACGAGGACGUCGAGCACCUCAAGCACGACGACGACGAGCACCACCUGCACAACACGCAGCUCCUCGAGGGCGAGAGCUCGCCGGUGAAGGAGAAGGACUCGUCCAAGUGCAACGGGACAGCACCGGCAGUGUGAGGGGCACCAAAAAUAUGUAUACGUUAUUAUUAUUAAGCGUAUAAUUGUAGCUAUUUUUCUCGGUUCUCUUUUUUAAUCUUUUUUACCCUUUAUGAAAUGACGUUGCGAAGAGGGAUACUAUAAAAGGAUUACCGUGUAAUAUAUAUAUAUAUAUAUAUAGUAAGGAUAUGGGUUGGUUUUGUAGUGAAUUUCGAUUGUUGAUCUUGUGGUUUGAGCUUAGGAUGCCAACCAAUUCUCAUCCGAAACAGAUAUA